AUGCCUAAAAGCUUAAGCGAUGAUUUGGAAGAAGGUGAAAUAUGUGACGAUGAGGAAAUUGUUAUUAAACAAUCUAAUAUUGCCGAAUAUUCGAAUAAAGCAAUCAGUGAACGAACAAAUUUGACAGCGGAGUGCUUCCAAUCCUCAUAUCUUGUCGGUAGUGGAUCACUGUGUUCGAACAACAAUUUAGAAAUUCCUUAUAAAUCGGUUGUAUCUUCCGAAAUAAAUGAUGAUUAUCUACAAGUGAAUAGUGAUGAGGAAGAAAAGAAAGCAGAGGAAGACAAAUGUGAAGAUUUUCUUUGUUAUGAAGUGGAUGAGGAAGAUAACGAGGAGUGUUUUCUGCAUCACAAGAUAAUGGAUAUGGAUGAGUCGGAAGACGAAUUAAAGGUUACAAAUUUCCAAGAUGAAUUGGUGGAGUAUCAGUCCAAUUCAGACGACGAAUUGGAUUACGAUGAUAAGGAUAAUAGUGAUUUUUCCGACGAAAUUGUUUGCAGUGAAGGAAUUAUUGCAGCAAACGAAUUCCACUCAAAGAUGGCAGCAUUGGCUAUGGACACGGAAGGUGGAAUAGAUAGGAAUGUGACAGCAAAUGAAGAUGAAAUGCGAACAAAUUUAACGGAAGAAGUGCCAGUUGACGACAGCUGGAUUUUCCAUUCAUUAGAUGAAACACCAAGGAUAGUUGUGCGGGGUAAUGAGACAAUGGACUCAUGUAUGCUACCAGAAUCAGAGGGGAUUUUAAAAGAGCAGCAAGCAGAAAUGGAUCUUUCCAAAUUCGAAGUUAUGAUUGAUGUAACCGUGCCUGGACAUCUAAAUUGCGCCGAUACUGAAACAAUGGAUGUUGUAAGGGAUGAAAAGCCGAUGUUGUAUGAAGGAUCAAAUAUUUAUGCAAAACAAAUCGUUGAAUUAGAGAGGAAAUUUGCCGAAGAGAAAGAAAAUUAUGUGCGCAAUAUGUAUUCUCUACUGGUAACAGCGCGUGCACAAAUUGAAACUCUCAAGAAGGAAAAUAAGAAGCUUGAAAUGAAAUUGCAAGGAAACUGUGCGAUGAGUUGUCCUAAAUGCAAACAUCAGAUAUGCAUAAGAAAUAAUUCACUGAAACCAAAAUAUAUCAAAGUACUGAGAGGACGUUUUGCAAUCGAAAUGUUGUUCGAUAAUUUGGCAAAAAUGGAGGAAUGGCUCGCAGCGAAUUAUCUAGAUGUUAAUCCGGAUGAAUUACCGGUAGUGCUGGAGUUGCCGCGGAAACCGACACUUACUUCUACAAACAGUCUUCUUGCUCCCAAAACAAACUCAUUUAAUAAUCGUCGAAAUACGGAUAAAGUCGCCCCGACCUCAUCAACUGUUUCCCAGAAUCCAGGGAGCGUACAUCCAGUAGCAACGCGACAAAAUAUGGAAUUAGCUAGAGCUUCUAGCAAUUUCAGUAAACAUUAUGCGAAGCAACAUGAAAAGUUAAAUCAUAUGACACGAGAUGAAAAGGAGCAAGAGAGGGUCAAUUCGAGUACUCCAUACGAUUCUUGUGGUAAACGGGAAAAACGAUCACAUGCAAGAAAACGAUCAGGGUCGGAUAAAUACGAAGAGCAACAGCGUAAUCGUAUCCUGUCGACGUAUCCAUCACCUGAUAGAUCGUUUGACCAUGAUCAGCGGCAGCGUUCCAGCUUUUCUAAGUCACGCAGUCACCAUAGAUCACGUCUGAAUACGAAGUUAAACGUUACGAACUGCAUGACAUCCACGUCAGAUCGCAAACUGACAGACCGGAAAGAUCAACCUACAACAAUAAAUAAUUUUGGGAAUCGAUUUGAAUCCCGAAGUCCUUCUAGAGAGUAUUGUAGACGACCAGUUAAGUCGCCGGUGUGUAACAGACCAGUUAAAAAAAGUUCUUAUCAGAAUUGUCGGAAUUAUUCAAGAUCAAAUCGAACAGGAAGAAGCGUGGAACAAAAACGGAUAUGA